GGUUUUGUUCGUCUGCUCCUCAGUUUCUUCUCUCAGGUUUGCCACAGCUGUUUCCGGCGUCAGGCCAAUCUGCACCGCUGUGCUCAGUGUAAGUUUGCUCACUACUGUGACCGCACCUGCCAGACGGCAUGCUGGGACGAGCACAAGCAGGAGUGUGGAGCCAUCAAGAAGAUCGGGAAGGCGCCCGGCGAGCACGUCCGUCUGGCAGCUCGAGUCCUGUGGCGUAUUCACAAGAGCUCGGGCGUGGCGUCAGACAGUCAGCUGAUCUCUGUGGACCAGCUGGAGGACCACGUGUCCGACCUGCCCGAAGACGACCUCAAGCGGCUCAAGGCCGACGUCAGCACCUUCUUAGAAUACUGGUCCCACGGAAGAAAGAAGCACUCGGCCGAUUACAUCUCACACAUCUUUGGCAUCGUUAGUUUGAUUAUUAAUAUUUUUAUGAUGAGACUUGAUGAACGAGAACAUCA